AUGUCGGGCCACGGCAGCGAGCAUGGAGUGCCGGCAUUCAUGCACCUUGCCAACACUGCAGCCGUGCACGAAAUAUCGGUGCGGCGGCGGCGGCUGCACAUCAUAGCCAUUGGACUUUACGCCGGGCCGCACUGGAUCGAGAUCUUCAUGCGCCUCGCCGCCCACUUCUCCUCCCCCCCUUUCCUCCCCGCCACCGCUGCCACAGCCAAUGGGCAUCCGCCAAGUGGCAUCCCAGGUGGGGGAGCAGGGGCAGUACCGAAUGGAACUGGUGGGGAUGUGAGCGGUGUUCAGGGCAGAGCAGGGGCGUUCGGAGCAGGUUCAACUGGGGGAGGUGCGGCUGCAGAUGCACCUGUGGCAGGCAGAAAUAGCUUUACCAGCAGCGGCAGCAGUGGUAGCACGCACCCGACAACUCCCUCCGCACCUCUUUCACACGCUACUCCCCCCUCCCGCCCCACGGCCCAUGUGAAAGUCACAGCCGUUGAUUUUGGGUUCGUCAGUCUGGAGGACUAUCCAACGGGCCUGGUGCAUCUGGGCGGGCAGUACCUGGAGCAGGUGGCAUCUAUGCUCGGCCUCUCCCUGUCGUUUCACGGCAUGGAAACCACGCCACACGACUUCCACCCGUCACAAGUGGAGGUGGAUGAAGGCGAGGAGGUAGUGGUGCUGGCCAAUUGGGGCCUCAUGGUCUUUCCAGACAACACGGUGCUUCGCUCCAAUCCCCGGAACGCGAUUCUCAAGUGGAUUCGGGACCUGCGCCCGCUGCUCCUCCUCCAAGUAGACGCCGAUCUAGACGCCAACGGGCCCUUCUUCCUCUCGCGCUUCCACGCCGCGUUCGCCAACUUUGCUGCGCUCGUCGAGUCCUUUGAUGCCACCAUGCCGCACGCCGCCACGCAGCGCUGCAUUGCGGAGUCCAUCCUGGCGCGGGACUUAAUCAACGAGGUGGCAUGCGAGGGCAUGAACAGAUGGCUGCGCUCGGAGCGGCUCGAGAUGUGGGUGCAUCGGAUGAGAGCGGUGGGGCUGGAGCCGGUGCCGAUAGGGCCGGACACAUUGGCUGCUGGGAAGGCGAUCACGGAGGGAAAGGACAAGAGGUUCCGGCUGGAAGUGCAUGUCAUGAGCGGCGGGCCGUUCACAGUCGUUGUCUCUGAUGACCUGGCGCUAGCCGACGUUGAGCAUUGGCUGUCGUUCGACGAAGCCGCUCUGCCUCCUUCGCCUUCCAUCGACGACCCAAUCUUGCAGACGCAAGGUCUCCCGGAGUUGCCGUUUACUACCCUAGAUCCGUCUCUCGCUUUCCUAGGCGAUGAUGCUCCUAUAGGAGUGGGCGGGCUCAGGGGGCCUUCCACCGAUCCUCCCUCCGCUCCCCCCCCGUGCAAGCUGCCUCGGCGCCCCCCGGACCUCUCCUCCCGCCUCGCCGCCGUGCUGCAAAACAUCAACCCGCCGCGCCCUGCGCCGUCCCCCUGGCCACCCUUCCCCCGCUCGACCAAGCCGGACCUUUCUUCUCCUGCCACGCCCGCAGCUCCCGCCGCGCCUGCAGCUCCCUCCUCUGCCAGUGCAUGUACUGCUGCAGCUCGGUCGGUCGCCGUGCCGGGAUUAUCCGCAGCGGUAGCAGCAGCGAUUCUACCAGCACCACCUACAGCAGCAGCAAAAGCAACAACAACAGCAGCAGUAGCAGCAGCAGCAUCAUCAGCAGUAGCAGCAGCAGCAUCAUCAGCAGUAGCAGCAGCAGCAGUAGCGGUAGCAGUAGCUUCUGCAGUGUCUUGUAUAAAUACGCCUGAGACCAGGUUUGUGGUUGGAGGCAGUCGGGAAGACGCGGGUCGUCCCAUGGGCUCAACACUGCUCGCCUCUGCUGUUCGCACUAGCGACGCUGCUGCGUAUGGAUAUGACCAGCGAGUGCAGUGGCCAGCAUCCUUUUCGGACAACAGUGCACUCAGCAGAAUUCGCGUCAGUACGGCGCGCAGCAACCCACUGAGGACUUCCCGGGGCAGUGCAGAGCAGAGCGGAGCAAGCAGGGCGUCUGUCGCCGCCCCCCACGUUAUUGCAUUCGGCCCCGAGAGGCCUCUGCGAGUGGAUAUGUCAGGCAUGCUGCCGCGGCCGAUGAGUGGCGCGAGGGAGGGCAUGCUGAAGCAGCAGCUCAUGGCUCUCGCUGAAGCCAUGGCCGUUGAUGACUCGGUGCGUGGGGCUCGUGUCAAGUGGGGAAUGGGAUGCUUAGUGCGGUGGCGGCAGUUCAUGCGGCAGGUGCAGAGGGAGGCGGCACCGGGGGGGGACACGCUGCAGCGUAUCGCCUUCCAUGCGCUGGAGGCGCUGCAGGCGCGCAUGGAUGGCACCGCGCUCACCCGAUGGUGCACCCCCUUGCAAAUCACCCUUCAGGAUUCCAUGGCAGUGUUGGGCCACGGCAACGAGCAUGGAGUGCCGGCAUUCAUGCACCUCGCCAACAUUGCAGAAAUGCACGAAAUCCCGGCCUCUUUCCCUGCCUCUGCCUCAGCCUCGGCAAGCCACUCCGUGCGGCGGCGGCGGCUGCACAUCAUAGCCAUUGGACUCUAUUGCGGGCCGCACUGGAUCCAAAUCUUCAUGCGCCUUGCCACCCACUUCUCCUCCCCACCUCUCCUCCCCGCCACCGCCACCACCGCCAAUGGGCAUGCGCCAAGUGGCAUCCCAGGUGGGGGAGCAGGGGCAGUACCGAAUGGAACUGGUGGGGGUGUGAGCGGUGUUCAGGGCAGAGCAGGGGCGUUUGGGGCAGGUAUACCUGGGGGAGCCGUUGAUUUCGGGAUCAUCAAAGUGGAGGAGUAUCCAACAGGCCUGGUGCAUCUGGGCGGGCAGUACCUGGAGCAGGUGGCAUCUAUGAUGGGCCUCUCCCUGUCAUUCCAUGGCAUAGAAACCAACCCACUCGACUUCCACCCGUCGCAAGUGGAGGUGGAUGAAGGGGAGGAGGUGAUAGUGCUGGCUAAUUGGGGCCUCAUGGUCUUUCCAGAUGACACAGUGCUGCGCUCCAACCCCCGCAACUCUAUCCUCAAGUGGAUCCGCGACCUGCACCCGCUGCUCCUCCUCCAGGUUGACAUUGAUUUGGAUGCCAACGGGCCCUUCUUCCUCUCGCGCUUCCACGCUGCGUUCGCCAACUUCGCGGCGUUCAUCGAGUCAUUUGAUGCUUCCAUGCCGCACUCUGCCUCGUCACGCUUUGCAGCGGAAACCAUUCUCGCGCGGGAUUUAAUGAACGGGGUCGCAUGCGAGGGCAUGAACCGAUGGCUGCGGUCGGAGCGGCUCGAGAAAUGGGUGCAUCGGAUGAGAGUGGUGGGGCUGGAGCCGGUACCUUUAGGGCCGGACACAGUGGCGGCUGGGAGGGAGAUCACAGAGGGGAAGGACAAGAGGUUCAGGUUAGAAGUGCAUGCUGAGACGGGCGCCCUGCAGCUCAGCUGGCGCGGUGUCCCGAUGAUCUUCGUAGCCGCCUGGAGAUGA